AAAACGAAAAGAAAGCCAUACAACUGUCCGCAAUAGAUUUAGGUUUAGCCCUGCACCCUGAAUCAGACGGCUUCACUUCGGCAUCCUCUGAUCUUGCCCUGGUCUGUUGGCUAGGGUCUGGAAUCAGGGCAUCUCUUGGCGAUGGUGGUGGGACAGCUGGCGAGGAAGGCGACGCUGGGAGAGUGCCCCAAGAAGGUGGCGCGGCUGAUUGAUCUGGUCAAUCUGCCCUCCAACCUCCGGGAGUUCGCCGAUGGCCAGUCCCAGAUGUCCCCUCUCUCCUUCUUCAUCCGCGUCUGGUCUCAUAUCAAGACCCACAAUCUCCAGGAUCCAAACAACAAGAACUUAGUUAAUUGCGACGACAAGUUGAAGAGCAUAUUGUUAGGUAAAACUCAAGUGGAGCUCUCUGAACUGCCGAUGCUAAUCAAACAUCACUUCCCAAAUCAAUCAAAAUAAUUCUUCCUGGUUUAGUGUAAUUUAAGCUCGUGAGUCCUUGCUUUUCUUAUUCCUAGGAUUGUGUUUGGUCAUGUGAGAUUCUUUGCUUAAUUCUGUAGAACAAAUUGAAAGUGUCGGUACUUUUUAGCAUUGAACACACCAAACUAGUUAGUAGAAAAUUGUUUGAUAUUAA